AAGUAAGAUAAUUGACCACAGCUCAAAAUGAUAGAUUUUACAAAGUGUCGUCAAGGUAGAAGUGGAUAGAGAAACUUAAAUAGAGCACUCGCAGAUUCAACUACACCGAAAGGAACAAUCACAGCCAUUCAUUCUGCCCAACAUACAAUAAAAACAUCCAAAAUAGCCAUUUUACAAAAAAGAGGAAUCGGGUUUCCUAUCAUCAGACUUUGUCUGCUAUUCGACAACUCUUUCCUUCAAUUCAACAACCACAGUUCGAUUCACACAAGUCUCACUGCAGCAACCAAGGCAACAUCUCAACAAGUAGGACAUCAUCGUGACUUGGAGGAGAUCAGCAUCAGAGGCGGUACCUAAGUAUAAAUGUAUCAAUACCUACAAAGGAGCUAGUUGAUGUUGUGAGUAGUUAUGUUCUUUCAAGAGUUAGUUUUGGUAUGAAGAUAAUGGUGAUCCCCAUCUUCGUCAUUCUUGUCAUUUGAUUUUGGCGAAUAUCAGGUCAUCUAUGCAGUCAGCUUUGCUUUCGUGGGUAUCAGUUGCGACGUGGAAACACUAGUAGGCAGACCAGACAACAAAGCUUCCAAGGUCCCUUCCAGGUAAACUCCGACUUUUCCAAGUUGUCCAAAUCAGAGCAGUUUCCUUAAAUUGCGGCCAAGCAAAGAGGAAAUUAUUUACGCGGUUUUCGAACGGCGAAAAGCAGGUACAUUUGAUUCACAUUUCUUUGUCUAUGGAGGCUAGAAGCACCAUAAACCGUUGAAUAUUGAUGAAAGAAAAUCCUGUUCCUGUCUACAGUCUCUACUUGGAAUCCUUGUUCGUCUACCUAUGUUGAUCCUCCAUUUUUGUUUUCCCUGCGAUGUUGUUGAUCCUCCAUCAAAUUAUCACCCUGGUCUUAUGCUCACCUCACAAUCUCACCUGGGACAACAACACACUACCUCCACAGGAACAACGUCAACUACCCGCACGAUCCAAAAGUGGGAUUACACCCAUUGUCACACAAAAAGCCACAGAAAAACAAGCGUCAAAAGCGAAAAGAGCAGUUGCUCUCGCCACCAGCAAAGCACGAAUCGGACGAGAUCGCCAAAAUUUAUGUAUAAAUAGGGAAAAGAAUCCUCAUAUUAUAUAUUUUUAGAACUACUACUAGAGAUGAGAAAAAUAGUGUUAGUGACUAUGACACUAUCGUAUCAUAGGAAUUUUGUUGGACUAGUAAUUGAUAUGCAUUUGAAGGAAGAGGAACGAUGAAGUAGCUGUAGCAAAGAUAAUGCUGUGUCAUUGUAGCCGUAAAGAAAACCUGGGGGAGGAUGGAUAAACAAAAAUAGAGACGAAUCUUUAAGAUUUCACCUCUCUCGCACUAAUCUUCGUUCAUGCCGGAGAAGCAGCAUCCAGCGGAAGAGAGCGAGCCGCUCUUGGGAGCUAAUGACGGGAGCAAUCUGCCUUGCGCCAGGCCAGCAGGGGUACGUGGAGGAAUGUUUUAUGGGAAGAUGUAUGUUUAAGUAAGUCAGUGUUGUAUCUAGAAAUCUGUCUACUUCUGUGUACGUUUUGUUCUAUCUAAAAUGAAGAUGAAAGAUGAUCACUAUCACAUGGAACGGACGUCGAAUGUGAUUCUACUUUAUUACCUACGACCAUCACCUUCACCAUGCAUUCUAUGUUUGAUGUCUAAUAUGCUUGUGCGAUGAAAGACUGGCAGAUUUUCAACAUUUACGAUACCGUAAUGCGCUUCCUAAGUGCGAUGAUGGGCCGGUUAUCAUCGUUGUACAUGACUCUGGUACGAUCGCGCUUUGCGGCAGUGCUGUGGGGCUUGGUCGCGAUCGCUCUCUUCACGAUGGUGUGCUGUGUUUAUGGCGCUAAGUGCUUAUUUAUAAUUUUAUCAUUCCAUUUGAAUAUAUGGUUGUAUUGUUCUGAUGAGUGGAAUUUUUUCCUCAGUAGUUUUCGUUCACGUGCUGAAGUCACUGGGCUCAAGUGGAAAGAAUCUCCUUAGUAGAGGUCUGGAACUGGCAGCUUCGUUAAUGGACUGACCUAAGGGAAAGGGAAACUCCAACAAAGGAGUAACACUAGAAGUCAGUCAGAAUGAUGAAUCAAAGUGAGAAUGAUAAAGGAGAACAACAACUAGUUCUAAUAACCCUACGUCAGCUGCUGGCCCAGUGCGCAACCAUGGAUCGCUGGGAGCUGGUUUUCAACGUUUCAAUCCUUAUGGCCAAGAAGAACAGUUUAAUAAACUUACUCAGUAAAAAGAUUUCCCGUCGUCCCCUGAUCCUCAUCUUGAGCUUAGAAUGUUGACAUGUUGUUGAUGUUUCUUUUUCGCCGGACUUAAUCAUGGCAGAAUGGAUUUGAAUGAGGACUGAUCCUGAUGAUCAUCUAUUACUACAUCUAUCCUCUCGCUAAUUCACGCAUCGUCGUCUCAAAAGCAAAGCAAACGAGGUGGAAACUUUCGUGGUUCGCGGAUUCGAGAAGAUGCAAAUGCAAGCAAACGGGAGCACUGGAACGCAUUCACAGAUCAACAAGAUUUCGGUCUGGCAGGAGGAUCGUCUUCUACGAGCAUCUUUUACAACAACACAUCACUCACAUCAACGGCUACUAGUGGAUUUCUUCAAGAACUUCAGGGUCGCGAAAGCAGUACGGCCACGGCCAAGCAGGGUUUAGAUUUUGCACCACGACCACGUACUGUUACUGCUAUCACGGCUUUCAAAACGGACUACGCCCAUGGCUCCGAGUUUAUGUUGGACGAAAUGUACAGGACGUGCACUCGUACGUUCUAUACGCUCAAGAACCAGCUGACAGUAGAGGACCCUAAUUAUCCGAUCGAAGUGAACGUGAAGCCACUGACAGGAGGUGGAAGUGGGGCACUGGUGGCAUUGCUGAACCUAAAACCACCGCCGCAAGCAUCGGCUGCGGAUGGUGGUGGUGGUGGUGGCGUGGGCACGACCGUCGCAGAGGGAGAUGCUGCCGAGGCUAACAUCAUGGAGCUUUUCGCAAAAGCUAAGCUCCCUGCCGAUGAGCCUCUCGUGUUGAAGGAGCUCGACAUGCUUAAAGAGGAUGCCGAUGACCAAAAUGAGAUGGCGAACUACAUCGAAAAGAUGAAGAAUCAAGAACCGUGCCCAGAUGUAAAAACGAAUCCAAAAUGUGCGCUCAUCGCGUGGCGCGGUGAUCAAAGCGCUCAAGCCCGGGGCGCGCUCAUCGAGGUGUGCAGUGCCCCAAAAGGCGCUGCGAAAGACGCGGCAGUCAAAGCUGCCAAGAAAUUCUACAGCGAUUGGGAUGGGGCGAAGAAUGAGCAGGAAAACAAGCCGAGCGGCACUGUCGCAGACACGAGUACAAUUCCACGGGAAUGGCCUCUCGAAGUGCAUCAGAAAGGGCAAAGUGUCAAGGGAAAGAUCCUGUUAUGACGCAUAUGAACUGUUGUAGCAAAAAAAUUCGCUAAUACUAGUACCGUUACAUCACUUACUUCACCUGAUCGUGCAAAAUAGAAGUAUGCGUAAGUACUUAUGAUCGUUUCUUAUAAACCUCGAGUACAUUUGCAAGGCGAUAUAAGUUCCGCAUUUACCACUCGUUAUGCUGCUCGAGCGGCUCAAUAGCUGGGUGACACCAUCUGGUACUGAAAUUGUGAUAAGUUAGAAACUGUCGGAUCCAGAAUUUGAAAUUGAGAAGGCCGUAGUGUAAUAUUCGGGCCGACGGGUAACAUAGGUAUCUGAUGUCAUAAAUUUCAGAUCGGAUGGCGCAAGGCUGAGUCGUUUCUUGUUCGAAGCAACUAGAACAAAGUAGAUUAUCUAGCUCCGAGAAUAUACUACAAGAGAGAAGAGACAUUAAUAAUUAAUGUUAUUAUCAAAGAAGGUAAUCUACCUCUAGAUGUUCCUUAGCUGUACGAUCUUUUGCACUGUUCUCUCCGCUUCAAAGCUGAUUUGGGGGCGCACUCGUCUAAGAAACGAAAUGGCCAAGCAGCUUUCCGUCACAGAUUUGCGAAGCCAAGCGAGUCGUGAUGCGGACCAGACCGGAAUUGUCCGCGUGUUUGUCGCGCUCGAUUUCGCGUUAUGACCAUUGAAUUGAACUUUUCUAUCAAUCUGGUGAAUGGUGUAAAUUCGUAUCCAUGACCGCAGUCUCUUUUACGGGGCCACACAGUGCCAAAAGCAAGGUGCUAACCGAUCAAAUUUUUGUACAAAAAUGAGAAAAAAUCUAACCUUUUGCACAAAGAAGAUUUGACCAUUUAGCUCCGCUUUUGGCACGUUGUUACUCCAUAGCCCUUCUUAUGUAGUUUUAAGUAGAGAGGCCCACCCAGGUGGUAAAGGAUACACGUGCGUUGCAAUUACUUGGGACAAUUUAAAGAUGCAGUAAAGGUUUUGGCUGAGCAUGUGUUUGUUCGCUGUGUCGUGAUUCACAAACUCCGUGUUGCUAGGUAUUAGACGAAGUAAUUGGAAAAAUAUAUACGUGCGUAAAACUUUUUGAUUUUCGAGAUGCAUGUUCGUUUCCUUCCGAAGCUUCGGUAAAUAUCAGUAAGAGUGAUUCUAUUUAUGCGAACGUAAAAAAAACAUUGACAUCGCUACGAAAUCAAUGCCAUGAAGGAUAAGGUCACGAGUAGCUUAUCUUUCUAUCUGAUUGAUUACUCGUAGGUAGGCAAACCACCUCUGAUCUACACGAGUGUUAGCAAAUUCCACCCACUUAUUACGACCACAAGACUCACGGCACAAGAUUGAACAGAAGAGUUGUGGCAGACUGAAACUCAAUUUCAUUUUCUCCCUUUCUUUCACAUUCUAAUUAUCAAGGGAGGGUCCGUGAUGGAAAAUCUCGCGAACAUCGCCUUGGGGACGCAAGAGCCAGGCGCAAUCGGUGGCGGGGAUGCCGACAAGAUAUUACAGCUGGUGGCAAACAGUUUGGUUGAGGCGGAGAAGCAUCGGAUGGCAGCAGCACAGAAGGUAAAAGGCUUCAGCGAGAAGGAUAAGGAUAGGUGGUUUUAUGCAAAGAUGGAGGACCGGCUCAGGAUCUUGCAGACGAACAAAGAGGAAGUAGAAAAUCAGCUGAUGCAAUAUCCGGCGGUUGCCUCAGAUGAUGAGGCGGCGAAGACGGCACGCAAGACGAGCGUUGAUAUGGUGCUGUCGGAUUUGCAGCUGGCAUGGCAGAUUGUCAGCAGUAUUUACGCCACUGACCGCGAUCGACUUUUGCCUGAUUACGUUGCACUGGAGGCCCACACUGAUGCUAACCUAGGUAACAUGUUGUUGUAUAAAGACGCGAGCGAGAAUUUGCGAAUCGGCUGGAAUGACAACUCUGCAGACGAGGAAACGAUGCUUCCACUCGGCACCGAAAUAUAGGGGAUCAUAUGUUUGAAGUCAUACCUAUCAAGUACAGUACUACAUAGUAGCAAAAUUCCUAACCCUACAACUACAAGUUCACGUUCAGGAAUUGUUAUAGAAUCAAAAUGCCUACCCCUUCCCCAAGUAAGGUCACGGAGAUUUCCGUUAAUUCACUAUCUACGUUGCAAAGGGGACUUUCGUGCGAAUUUGAGUAUUUUUAUGCGGCAAUAGUUAGCUGCAGUACUCAUUUUAUAUAUAGGGACAAGAUGUACACUUUCUCAUUCUUCUAUCUAUCACGUCUUUCCCCUUUCAUGUUGAUUUGAAGACGCUGUUUGGGUGUGCGCAUUCGAUCUUGCUAUUGUUUGGUAAUAAGCUGAGUGAGGUUUUGUACGAGAACUCCGACAAUGAAGAGGACGUGGAGGAGGUCAUAAGUCUGCAGGAGGGAGACGAGCCGAUCCUGAACAACUAAGGCUGCUGGUGAAAUAUUUCGGAUUUUCAUUCUUUUCUAAUUCAAGUUUUGUGGGCUUUUUUUUCUAACGCAGGGGGGGAUGGAAUAGGAAACAAAAAAGUUUUCGCAGACUCCUUCAUGUACUAUGUAGUCUGACGACAGGAUCCAAUCCACUUUGGAGCCUUCAUCUAAAUUACAUUUUUUGGUGUCAUGCCGCUCUUGAAACAAUUGGAAACGCCGAAAGUGUUCCGCCUCGCGGGGAAAGCGAAAGGGCUUUACCCUGAGACGCAAAAAUGGCGACAGACGAUCGCGACGAAAAUUAUUGAACGCUUCCGCACAGACGAGGCGGUGCCCGACGCGACGGUAGCGGCUGGCACGACGGGCAACACUAUGUUUCGCGCAGAUUUUGGUGCCCUAUGUCAGCGCCUCUCUGACUCCGCGUACGCCAUCAUCCAAGCGAACAAGCCAGGCAAAGAAGGCUCACAGCCAAAUUUGUUUGGCCGCGUGAUCGUAAACCUGCUGUUUUUCAAUGCGGAGUUGCCGAUUUUUCUCAAAACCUAUUCGACGCAACUCUUUGCGGCUGGUGGAGGCGCUGCCGAGAAGUUCUGGAGCACCUAUCCUGGCUACGCUUUGCCAGACGGACAAGGAGUGUGCAUUCGUACGUUCUACGCGCUCAACAGGAAACUGGAAGCAGAUAAAUGUGCUGACGAUGAAAGGCGCACACCAAUGUCAAUGCCGCUGGAGAUGUACACGGUGAGGGCGUUAGGAGGUGGGAGCGGGUCAGCGGUGGCGGGGUGGCAGCGUGGUACCGGUAGCAAAGAUGGGCAACAGGAUGAUGCGCUGGUGCUGGCGGAUGUACCCUGGAAAAUGGCACACUUUUUUGGUACCACAAGAGCCCUCGCUUUGAAGGAGCUGAAUUUGGCGGCGGACAAUGCUGACGACAGGAACGAAAUGGAGAACUACAUCCAGGAAAUGAAAAGCAUGGAGUGCCCUGCGAAUUCUCUCUCCGAAGAAUGUGAGCUCAUCCGCUUCCGUGGUAAGAUGAGAGUGACAGCGCGGGGCGCGGUCAAAGAGUGGUGCACGGAAAAGGACACAGCCGCAGCGCAAGUUUUCUACGGCGUGUGGCAAGGGGCAGUCCAGUCGCAGAAGGAGCAGCCCGCGGAAGUGAUGGAGAAGGUGGAAACCGUGCGAAAGAUCGAGACAGCGUGGCCUGUCUCUCUGUAUCGAGGUAAGGAGUGUGUCGACGGAGAUGAGAAGUUAUGUUGAUGAUGGGCCACUAAUGUAGGCAGCCGUCCGACCAAAUAUUAAAUACAGCAGAAUAAUGCUACACUAGAUCAUUUUUCUACAAUUUGGCCACUUCGGCAACCAUGACCAUCUGCACAGAUCUUUUGUGGAUGAAUACGAAUCAAUACCAUGGUUUUGCUUGCUUUAAUCCCAAUCAUGUAAUUUUCAUUGCUGAGACACGAGCAGUGACAGUUAGAUGUGAAAACAUAGAGAAAAAAGUAUGGAAUUUUUGAAGGAAAGUCGUUCGUACGUAGGGCACCUAGUGCUAUUAAUUUUCGGGAAAGAGAUCAGUAAGACUUUCGAGAGCAGUUUAUGCAAGAACCGUGAUCGCAAGUCAAGAGAAGGUCAACCAUGUGCGUAGGGUGCAACGUUUGUGGAGUUUUUGAAAAAGAUUAAGAUAAACUAGAGAUUUAAUUGAGAACGCAUCUUCCAUUGCAUCUCAGCCUUCUUCUAAGAAUCUAUCUGAACCCGGAGCCGGACACCGAGUCCAAGACCAACCUGCUUUCUGUCGAUUACUUGCGGGAUGACAGGCAAGACCACGGACAGUUCGCAGGUCAAGCUCGCGUGUUUGCCGCGCUCGAUUUCGCGUUAUGACGAGGCGUAGUAUUAAUUACUGCGACGUGAGAAAAUUAGUGAGCAUGAUGAAGUAUCCGAAACAACGUGGAGCCCUAAGAGUUUACGAAUUUACUUCGGUAUCAUUCAACUGAAAAUUGUCUUUCGACUCGAGAUGAGGGUUAGGGAUUCAGAUGCUAUUAGUUACCGUGGUCUGGUCAAGAAAUUGAGUUUCUGUCAUUGACAACAAAAUCUAAGAAACGGCGAGCAGAGAUCAGUAGUUGCAACACUUGCCGACAGCAACGUAAAGAAAGAGGACAAGCGGGAGGUGCUGAACCUGGUUGUAAAAAGUUUGGUGCAAGCGGAGAAGCUUCGGAUGGGAGCGGCAGAGAAGGUGACAUCCUCUGACGAGAAUAAUCCAGAGAGCUGGUCCUAUCCGAAGAUGGUGGUUCGGAUCAACGAGGUCGUGGACAUGAAAGAAGAAGCAAAAAAGCUGCUGACGCAAUACCCGCCUACUGCUGGAACAGCGGUGACGGAGGACGCACGUGGCAGUGCCGUUGAUCUGGUGCUGGCGGACUUGAAGCGGGGAUUGGAUAUCGUGACGAAUAUCUACAAUUAUGACGAGGGGGAAGUUCGCUUUCGCAGUCGCACUCGCAGGCUGCUGGUGCCGGAUUACGUUGCACUGGAGGCACACUCCGAUGCCAGUCUAGACAACAUGUUGUUGCUUGGCGGCGGGGAAUCGGGCUCGGCGUUGAGUCUUGGAUGGAGAGACAACUCUGCAGACACGAAAACGAAGCUUCCACUGGGCACCGAAAUUUAAGCGAUGACUAAUUCCAUUUUUCAGACUGCAAGGACUGCAGUAAUUUUAAAUUAUAAGGUAUAUGCUUUUGUAGUUGUACUCAUAGAAUUCCAAGGCGGCAUAACGAGAUAAUAAAUACGGCUCAGGAGCAACUGAGCGCAGCUGAGCUAGCACACUGUUCAUUCGCAAGCAAGUUAGUAUCAUGAGUUGAUAUUGUCGCUAGGAUUUGAAUGCGGCUCACCAGGUCGUCGCUUGUAGUUUAAAUCUUCAUAUUGAAAAUAUUCUCAUAUUUAUGCAGAAAAGAGGCACAUGACGGGGGCUGUACGUGCAUCCAGUUUUUCGUGCGUCAUAAUUUUCUUUCAUUUCCAAGGAAAUAUCUUUUCUGGGUCCCUUAGAACUAGCUGAGGCACCGAUUUCACUCGUUCGGAAACGGAUUAAUCCAAUCUCGAUCCAGCAAGUAUCUUUCCUUAGCGAGUCAUAUUCGUUAGGGAAAUCUUCCACAGUGGGCCGAAUAAAUUCAAAUCGUCAGUUUGUCUUAGGAAUAGAAAUAGAGGCGUCUGUGACAAAUAUGGUAGCAAAAGAUAUAUUAUAGCUAUGGCACUUUUAAACGGUGUUGCAGUGUAAACCCUUCCCUAUGCAAAUUAUUGAAGACCCAGAUCACCCCCUCUCUUUCAUAGUGACUCGCAAGCGUUAUUUGGUUGCGCGCAUUCGAUUUGGCUAUUGUACGGCGAUAAAAAGGAUGGGGAACUGUAUGAAGCCGGCGACACGGGAAAGGAUCAUCUUUCCCAAACUGCUAAAGUGUCGCCUGUACCUGACUUCUGGUCCACUGAGGAUGGCGUUGUGACUCCGGAGAAGAUGCUGAAUACUUAAGACUCCUGUUGGAUAAUCAUAACUACUCCGUAACUAAACUGAGGAAGCUGCUCACAAUCGCGCGGCGACCUCUUCCUCUCUCUCUCUCUCUCUCUCUCUAUGGGAGAGGGACUAAACCAGUGCACCCUACUAGAAACCUCUAAAACACGUUUUUCGGGACAAGAAGCGUCACCCCGUUGCAGACGCCGGGGGAGUUUCGUCUCGCAAAAGCAGCAGCCUCUCUGUACUGGAGGGCGGCAAACUGGCGAAAAUACAUCGCGCUAGAGAUCCGCGAUGAACUUCAUCCGAAGAGGCACAAGUAUCCAUCGGCAGUGGAUUCCAAUGAAAGCAAGAAGAGGAUGUUUCGCGCAGAUUUUGGCGCUCUAUGCGAACGCCUUUCCGAUGCGGCGUACGCGAUUCUGCAAGCACGAGACGGUAACGGUUCACAGCCGAAUUUGUUUGAUCGUGUCGUCAUGAAUCUCUUGUUUUUCGAGAUGGAGUUGCCGAUGUUUCUCUACACGCACCAGAGACGAUUCAAAUUGAGUGAGCCGGGUUUGCGCCGCACAUAA